UAUUAGAAACAUGAUGUUAAAAAUAUUUAUCAGCAUUAUUGAUAUGAAGAAAAAAAUAAAUAAAAAUGAGAAUAUGCGGAUGUCAUGAUUUCAUUGGAUAAUUGAAUAAGUACAGGCAGUUCACAGUUGAAUUUCCGGUAGGAAUUAUUUCAAGUUACGAUGUACUAUUCUCAAAAUAAUCCAACAAAUCUAAAUUAUAAAAAAUUUGUAAGAAAGAAACGAGGAUGUAUGCUCAAUGUAUCAUCGAAAAGUUAUAGUCCAAAAUCCAGACAUUGAGAAUAAAAUUAAAUAAAAAAAAUAUGGGCGGAGAAGGGGGCUAGAAAAAUAUAUUCUGGCAUGUUCCCCUAAUACAGUCUCGUCUGCUCGAUAUUCAAGGACUAAAAGAUAAAAAUAAAAAAUCCAGUCCAAAAAAAAAAAAAGCAACAGCAUCAUCAUGUGGACCUUUGAUUCCUCCGACCAUAAUUUUUUUAUUUUAUUUCUCAGAGAUGACUUAACAAGAUGCUGAAAAUAAACAGGUAUCAGUUUUCAAAAGAAUUUCCAUGAGCCACAUGUUUCGAAAAAAUAAAAAAAUAAAAUAUAUACCAUUGUGAGAACGAGCAAUAAAAAAAAAGACAUCAGACAAGAGAUGCUUCAUCUUGCUCACUCUGCUGAGCUUCAAUUGACAAAUUGCUCUUCAACAAUUGCACGCACAUUUCCGUGUCUAGUUACCUAUUACUAUUCUUGCUUUAAUGACAAUAUUACAGUUAUAUUUAAAUUAUAAUAGUCAUUAAAAUUAAACAAUCAUCAGUCAUACACUAACUAAUGAUUCAUCAAUAAUUAUAUGGCAAUAAUUUUUCGAUAAUUUCGAGAGUGCAGCUGAGGAUGAAAGGGUCAGUAACACUUCCGGAAAAUUAAAAACCAGUUGUAUAUGUAUAUCAAAUCAUGACCUUGGUUAUUGAUUGAAAUUAAAUGACUCUAUUGCAAUUUUUUAUCAACAAAAUGAUUUAAAGCAUCCUCUCUGAUCACGUACAGCCGAUUGAGACUGUCUUUAGUUGUGACUGUGCCAUCCAGCUACACACCACUUGGUUGGCAUCGCGGCUCAUCAGUCGAUCCCACGCGGUUCUCGAGAAUAGACCUGAAGAACCAAGUGGAAGAUAUAAAAAAAAAAUAAUAAUUUUUUUAUUCAAUAUAAGAGAAAAAAAAAACAACAUAAGAUACGAAGAAAUACGAAGAAGAACGGAGGAGUUAAGCUUCCUUAGAAUAAGCAAAGACUGUCUCGAUCAGUAUUUUAAUCGUCUAUUCAUUCGACCGUGAGACAGUGUUGUUACAAGUUCAACAUAAAAUAAUUACAAAAGAACAGUGAUAUUGUAUAUUUUAUUGAAAAAUGUUUUAACAAUUUUUGGAUAUGACAAACCGGUUCAUUUGGUACUCCAAUAUCUGCAAGAUAAAUUUAAAAUAGACAAAAUAAAUAAAGACUGUCUUUGUUUAUUGAAGAAUCAUGUUAUCUCCAAAACUACAUGAAUUUAUUGAAAUUAAUAUUUAAAAAUUAACAAUUAAAAAAGGAAAUAAAAGACUAUGGAAUCAAUGAGAAAUAUAUCAAUAAAGCUAAUGAUUAAAAAAAUAAAAAAUAAUGUCGAAAUUAAUAAAUUAUUUAUUAAAAAUUUGUCUCGGUGACGGAUCAUUCAGUGAUGCGUAGACGACGUGGUUUUGGAAGUGCCAUUUUAGGCCUAACAAUAGGCUUUUUGAUAGGAACAAUUAUAAUUAAUUAUCGUUUAAAUAAAUCAAUUAAUUAUUCAACAAAUAUAUUAACAAAAAAUAAACAAUUACCACAAAAAAAAACUAUAUCAAUGAUUAAUAAUAUUGAUAUUAAUAAAACAAAUAGUAAUCUUGUAUUUGUUGGUGUUAUGACUGCUGAAAAAUAUUUAAGUACAAGAGCAAAAGCUGUAUUUGAAACUUGGGGCAAGACGGUACCAGGUAACAUAGCAUUUUUUUCAUCAGAAUAUUCAUUAUUACCAGAUAAUUGUCCAAGUUUACCACUUGUUACACUACCAACUGUUGACGAUGGUUAUCCACCACAAAAAAAAUCAUUUUUAAUGUUACAAUACAUGUGGAAUAAUUUUGGUGAUAAAUAUGAAUGGUUUAUUCGUGCUGAUGAUGAUGUUUAUAUUAGAACAGAUCGUUUAGAAAAAUUAUUAAAAUCAAUUGACUCUAAAAAAGCAUGGUACAUUGGACAAGCUGGACGUGGUAAUUCAGAAGAAUUUGGAUUAUUAUCACUUGAAUAUGAUGAAAAUUUUUGUAUGGGUGGACCUGGUGUUAUAUUUUCAAGAGAAACAUUAAGAAGAAUUGUUGAACAUACUAAGGAUUGUUUAAAAAAUCUUUAUACAACACAUGAAGAUGUUGAACUUGGUAGGUGUGUUAAAAAAUAUGCUGGGAUACCUUGUACAUGGAGCUAUGAGAUGCAGUCAAUUCUUUAUCACAACAGUAGUGGUGAGCAAGCAUUUAGUGGUAAUUUAAAAAGAAAAGAAGUACAUAGAGCUAUCACACUUCAUCCAGUUAAAAGUCCACAAAAAAUGUAUAGACUUCAUAAUUACAUGAAAGGUUUAAAAAUUCAAGAUUAUAAACAAGAAAUAUUAAAUUUACAUCGAGAUAUUUAUACAAUGGCUCAACAAUUGGGAAUGUCUGUUAAAGAUUUAAAAAAUGAACUUUUAGAAAAUAAAACAGAAAUAGAUCCAUUACGAAAUAUUGAACUUCUUGGAGUACCAGCUGGACUAAUGAGUUUCAAGCCAACAUCUGAGGAAGAAGUGGUACCAUGGGAUUUUCUAGCACGUUCAGAGUAUAGUUUAACUGAUUCAAAUCCAAGAAGAAGAAUUCACAGUGAUGUUAAAGAAGGUCUUGAAGAUAUCACAAGACAAGUUAUGGAUUCAAUAAAUGCCUGCUCAAGACAACGUGGUCGUAUUGUUGAAGAACGUUCAGCUCUAUAUGGCUAUCGUAGAGUUGAUGCUUAUGGUGCUGAUACAAUUUUAGAUCUACUACUUGUUUAUAGAAAAUACAGAGGAAGAAAAGUCACUCUACCUGUACGUCGUCAUGUCUAUGUUCAUCAGCAUUUUACUGAAUUUGAAACAAGAGAAAUUGGUAAUUACCAAGAUAUUGAUGAACAAAAAAAUUCACCAAAUAAUUUUUAUUCUGGUCUUCUUGGAUACCCAUCAUUAUCAUCAUCAUCAUCAAAUAAACCUGUAUCUAUAAAAGAUAAAUUAAUUAAAUUUAUUUUGCCAUUGUCUGGACGACAUAAUAUUUUCAAAAGAUUUUUAAAUAAUUAUAAAGACGUAUGUGUUAUAACAGGUGAAAAAACUGAACUAAUUGUGAUACUUUAUCCGUAUAAAGCUGAUGAUUCAAUGAAAAAAACAAUUGAAUUGAUAAAAAAUUUUAAACUAAAUUAUAAAAAUUCAAUAAUAAAUAUUAUUAUUAAUGAUAAUAAUAAUUUUUCACGUGCAAAUGCACUUAAUACUGGUGUAUCAUUAUCAAAUGAUGAUGAUUUAUUAUUUUUUAUUGAUGUUGAUAUUGUAUUUAAAGCUGAAUCACUUGUUAAAAUACGUUAUAAUACAAUUAUUGAUAAACAAAUUUAUUUUCCAAUAGUAUUUAGUCAAUUUAAUCCAAAAAUUGUCCAUAGAAAUAAUAGCUAUUAUGAUCAUUUUACGAUUAAUGAAGAUACUGGUUAUUGGCGACAAUUUGGAUUUGGUAUUGUGUCAAUUUACAAACGGGAUUAUUUAAAAAUUGGUGGUUUUAAUACAUCCAUAACUGGAUGGGGACAGGAGGAUGUUGAUUUUUUUGAAAAAUCAAUUAAAUCAAAUGUCAAAGUAUUUAGAUCACCAGACGUACAUUUAAUUCAUGUUUAUCAUGAUGCUGAGUGUGAUAGUAAUUUAUCAAAUAGCCAAUUGUCAAUGUGUAAAGGUACUAGAGAAGAAAAUUUAGGUAGUACACAAGCACUUGCUAAAAUUAUUUAUAAUAAUCCAAAUUAUUUAAAAUAUGCUAGUGAUAAACGAAUAAAAUUAAUUGCAUCUGGAGGAUAAUAUAAAUGUAGAUAUAUUAUUUUAUUUUUAGAUAAUUAAUUAAUAUAAAUUCGUUAGUUACGAAUUGGUGAUACAAUGCAUGAUCAGUAACAUCAAGAAAUAAUUAAUUUAUUAGUUUUUAGUUGAUGAAAUAAAAUAAGAAAUUGUAAUUUUUAUCAUCUUGAUGUUACUGGUCAUGUUAUAAUAUUUUUUAGGAUUAGAAUAAACAAAAAUAGAGCAAUAUCUUUUAUAAUAAUUAGAACGUUUUAAAAAGUGUUUAUUUUAAAUUAAAGUCAGUGCUGAAUUGAGUCUUGCAGCCGAGUAACUCUGUCUAGUCAAAUCGGCCAUUCAGAAUGAAAAAAAUUAAACAAAAAAAUCAAGACUCAGUACGCGUUGUGUUUUUUUUUUUAACUGUAUAAAUUAAUAAAUAUUAUUAUUAUAAAAAAAUUGUUUUUUUUUUUUACUGUAGUAUAUUUUUUAUGAAUCUCCAGUGAUCUGAAAAAUACUCAAUAUAUUUUUGCAAAAAUUAUUGUCAUGAAAAUA